UCCUCCAGUCACCCUUCGAUCAUUCGUAGUGCUACACACAUACUUCAUGACAUGUUCAAUACAUCGUGUUUGGAUACCGAGGAACCGGAAGGGGUCGAGCGACCUAGGGGUCGACAACCACGGCGGAACAAGAGUGCGUUUGAGUACAUUCGCGGUCGUGGCCGUGGCCGUGGCCGUGGCCGUGGUCGUACAUCCUCAUCAAGUGGCAGCCAAUCAUCGUCGUCGGUGAAUAUGCCCGGCACCGGGAGAAUGGACAUUGAACAUUUUCCAUAUAAGGACAGGAUCCCUAAUAUCAUGAUGCCAUUCUUGGACGGGUGGAAUGAUGUCAUUGCAGAUGGUAACUGCGGAUUUCGGGUUGUGGCGGAUGUGUUUCAAAUGGGUGAAGACAACUACGGUUUAGUGCGGCAGUUGAUGUACAGUGAAAUCGCAUCAAACCGAGAUGUGUAUGGCCAUGUGUACGGCGAGGACUUGGAUAGGUCUCUGCAGCGUAUCCGGUGGGGAGGGGGACCUUGCGGUCAAAAUCAUUGGUUCGAUGCGCCACUUGAUCUCUUUGCCGUUGCAAACAUCUACAAGUGUGCAGUCAUGCAUUUCGGCCUUGGUUUACAUAGUCGAGCCUAUUAUCCAUGUACAACGGUUCUGCCCUGGUGUUCGCGCGAGACCGUCACCAGACCGGUAAGGGACGUUGCUAUUGGAUUUCUUGGCCGUCAUACAGACAUUUUUAUCCGAUUAGACAUGUCACCCGAUUUUCCGGUCCCAAAUAUCAUACCGAAGUGGUAUGAAAUUCGUAGAGCAAGCGUGGAGGGUUGGGAUGCUUUGUACCAUGCUCGCGUGCAACAGUGGAACAAUUUAAUUGCCAUGUAG